AUGGUGGAGGUCGGCCUGAAGGGCUGGCUGCUCUGGGCCCUGCUCCUGAAGUUGGCCCAGAGCAAGCUGUACACACCCAUACACCAGCCCGGAUACUGCGCCUUCUACGACGAGUGCGGGAAGAACCCGGAGGUGUCUGGAAGCCUGGCUUCACUGACCAACGUGUCCUGCCUGGACAACACGCCUGCCCGCCACGUCACGGGUGACCACCUGACCCUCCUACAGAGAAUCUGUCCCCGCCUCUACACCGGCCCCAACACCACCUAUGCCUGCUGCUCCCCCAAACAGCUGGUGGCCCUGGACAUGAGCCUGGGGGUCACCAAGGCCCUCCUCACCCGCUGCCCUGCCUGCUCUGAGAACUUCGUGAGCCUGCAUUGUCACAACACCUGCAGCUCCAACCAGAGCCUCUUCAUCAACGUGACCCGAGUGGCCGGGAAGGGGGGCAGCCAGCCCCGGGCGGUGGUGGCCUAUGAGGCCUACUACCAGCGCAGCUUCGCCGAGCGGACCUACGACUCCUGCAGCCGGGUGCGCAUCCCUGCGGCCGCCACGCUGGCCGUGGGCUCCAUGUGCGGUGUCUACGGCUCUGCCCUCUGCAACGCCCAGCGCUGGCUCAAUUUCCAGGGGGACACGGGGAACGGCCUGGCACCUCUGGACAUCACCUUUCACCUGUGGGAGCCUAGCCAGGCCGAGGGGAGCGUGAUGCAACUUCUGAACGAUGAGGUCGUGCCCUGCAACCGGUCCCAGGGCUACGGCGCGUCGGCCUGCUCCUGCCAGGACUGCACUGCUUCCUGCCCCGUCAUCACCCGGCCCCAGGCCCUGGACCCCACCUUCCACCUGGGCCGGAUGGAAGGGAGCCUGGCCCUCAUCCUCAUCCUCUGCUCUCUGUUCGCCUUGCUCACCGCCUUCCUCCUGUGGCCCCGCCUGGCCAAGUGGUGCCAACGCAAGACGCCCAACCCCAAGGCGAGCAUCGGCCUGGCCCACCGGCUCAGCCUCUCCACCCACACCGUCCUCAGCCAGUGCUUCCAGCGCUGGGGCACGUGGGUGGCCUCGUGGCCAGUGACCAUCCUGGUGGUGUCCACUGCUGUGGUGGUGCCCAUGGCAGGGGGCCUGGCUUUUAUAGAACUGACCACAGACCCCGUGGAGCUGUGGUCAGCCCCCAGCAGCCGAGCCCGAACCGAGAAGGCAUUCCACGACAAGUAUUUUGGCCCCUUCUUCCGAACCAACCAGGUGUUCUUGACGGCACCGAACCGGCCCCGCUACAGGUAUGACUCCCUGCUGCUGGGGCCCAAGAGCUUCAGUGGGAUCCUGUCCUCUGACCUGCUGCUGGAGGUGCUGGAGCUGCAGGAGAGGCUGCGGCGCCUGCAGGUGUGGUCGCCGGAGGAGCAGCGUAACGUCUCCCUGCGGGACACCUGCUACGCCCCCCUCAACCCGCACAACGCCAGUCUCUCUGACUGCUGCAUCAACAGCCUCCUGCAGUAUUUCCAGAACAACCGCACGAACUUGCUGCUCACGGCCAACCAGACGCUGUCGGGGCAGACCUCCCAGGUAGACUGGAAGGACCACUUUCUCUACUGCGCCAAUGCCCCCCUCACCUACAAAGAUGGCACGGCCCUUGCCCUGAGCUGCAUGGCUGACUACGGGGCGCCCAUCUUCCCUUUCCUCGCCGUGGGGGGCUACAAAGGAAAGGACUAUUCUGAGGCAGAGGCCCUGAUCAUGACCUUCUCCCUCAACAAUUACCCUCCUGGGGACCCCCGGCUGGCCCAGGCUAAGCUCUGGGAGGGGGCCUUCUUGGAGGAGAUGCGAGCCUUCCAGCGUCGGAUGGCUGGUGUGUUGAAGGUCGCAUUCAUGGCGGAGCGCUCCCUGGAGGAUGAGAUCAACAGCACAACAGCCGAGGACCUGCCCAUCUUCGCUGUCAGCUACCUCGUCAUCUUCUUGUACAUCUCCCUGGCCCUGGGCAGCUACUCCAGCUGGCGCCGAGUACUGGUGGACUCCAAGGCCACGCUGGGCCUGGGCGGGGUGGCUGUGGUGCUGGGCGCAGUCAUGGCUUCCAUGGGCUUCUUCUCCUACCUGGGUGUCCCCUCCUCCCUGGUGAUCCUUCAAGUGGUGCCCUUCCUGGUGCUCGCCGUGGGAGCCGACAACAUCUUCAUCUUCGUUCUCGAGUACCAGAGACUGCCACGGAGGCCUGGGGAGGGACGGGAGGCCCACAUCGGCCGAGCCCUGGGCAGAGUGGCCCCCAGCAUGCUGCUCUGCAGCCUCUCCGAGGCCAUCUGCUUCUUCCUAGGAGCUCUGACCCCCAUGCCAGCUGUGCGGACCUUUGCCCUGACCUCCGGCUUUGCGGUGCUUCUCGACUUCCUGCUGCAGAUGUCGGCCUUCGUGGCCCUGCUCUCCCUUGACAGCAGGAGGCAGGAGGCCUCCCGGCUGGACGUCUGCUGCUGCAAGAGUGCCCGGGAGCUGCCCCCGCCUAGCCAGGACGAGGGGCUACUGCUCCGAUGCUUCCGCAAGUUCUACGUCCCGUUCCUGCUGCACCGGUUCACCCGUGUGGUCGUGCUGCUGCUCUUCCUGGCCAUGUUUGGAGCAAGUCUCUAUUUCAUGUGCUACAUCAAAGUGGGGCUGGACCAGGAGCUGGCCCUGCCCAAGGACUCGCACCUGCUCGACUAUUUCCUCUUUCUGAACCGCUACUUUGAGGUGGGGGCCCCGGUCUACUUUGUAACCACUGGGGGCUACAACUUCUCCAGUGAGGCAGGUUUGAACGCCAUCUGCUCCAGCGCAGGCUGCAACAACUUCUCCUUAACCCAGAAGAUCCAGUACGCCACAGAGUUCCCUGAUGAGUCUUACCUGGCCAUCCCUGCCUCCUCCUGGGUGGACGACUUCAUUGACUGGCUGUCUUCAUCUUCCUGCUGCCGCCUUUAUGUCUUUGGCCCCAAUAAAGAUAAUUUCUGCCCCUCGACUGUCAACUCCCUGGCCUGCUUGAAGAACUGCAUGAGACCCACAGCGGGGUCUGUCCGGCCAUCAGUGGAGCAGUUCCACAAGUAUCUUCCCUGGUUCCUGAACGAUGAGCCCAACAUCAAAUGUCCCAAAGGCGGCCUGGCAGCGUACAGCACCUCCGUGAGUUUGGGCCCAGAUGGCCAGGUCUUAGCCUCGCGGUUCAUGGCCUACCACAAGCCGCUGAAGAACUCUCAGGAUUACACGGAGGCUCUGCGGGCAGCUCGGGCGCUCGCAGCCAACAUCACCGCCGACCUGCGGAAGGUGCCGGGCACCGACCCAGACUUCGAGGUCUUCCCUUACACGAUCACCAACGUGUUCUAUGAGCAGUACCUGACCGUGAUCCCUGAGGGGCUCUUCAUGCUCGCCAUCUGCCUGGUGCCCACCUUCGGCGUCUGCUGCUUCCUGCUGGGCAUGGACAUCUGUUCCGGCCUCCUCAACCUGUUCUCCAUCAUCAUGAUCCUGGUGGACACUGUGGGCUUCAUGACCCUGUGGGAUAUCAGCUACAAUGCUGUGUCCCUCAUCAACCUGGUCACGGCGGUGGGCAUCUCUGUGGAGUUUGUGUCCCACAUCACCCGCUCCUUUGCCAUCAGCACCAAGCCCACGCGGCUUGAGAGGGCCAAGGAGGCCACCAUCUCCAUGGGCAGCGCGGUGUUCGCAGGAGUGGCCAUGACCAACCUGCCCGGCAUCCUCGUCCUGGGCCUGGCCAAGGCGCAGCUCAUCCAGGUCUUCUUCUUCCGUCUCAACCUCCUCAUCACUGUGCUGGGCCUGCUGCAUGGCCUGGUCUUCCUGCCGGUCAUUCUCAGCUACGUGGGGCCUGAUGUCAACCCAGCUCUGGUGCAGCAGCAGCAGCAGCAGGAGGCGGCGGGGGCUGCGGCCGAGGCGGCCUCCUGCUCAAAGGACCCUGCCCCGACGGGCACGGCCAACAGUGUCUAUGUCAACUACGGCUUUGAACAUCCUGCCAAGAGCGAGGGUGGCCUGGCUAGCUCUUGA